AUGGCGAACCGCCCCAGUCUCCUAGAUCCCCGCCAGCCCAUCAAGGCGUUAACGGUAGCGUUCUGCCUCUGGAAGGCCCUAGUGUACCUGGUGAUAAUCACCUCCCCCGGCCUUGGCUACGACACCUCAACCGGACAUCUUUAUCAACCCACCGGUCGCGCUGAUGUCAUACCGGGCGACAUCAAAUAUGCUCACCUUCCCAUCCCGUUAAAAUUCGUCAGGUGGGAUUCCAUCUACUUCUUGCACGUGGCAGAGAGCGGCUAUGUCUUCGAGCAGGAGUGGGCAUUCGGCUAUGGGUACACUCAAGCCCUGGCCUUCAUCACAUCCGCGCUGUACCAACUAUUUGGGAUAAGUGGGCCUGCUAGAACUGCAGUUGUGGCAAUCGUUCUGUCGCAUAUUGCACAUUAUCUCUCAGUCUUAGCCCUAUAUAGACUCUCUAUCAACGUAUUCGGGCGUGAUACAGCCACCCAGAGACUCAUCUGCUUUCUCUCUGCCACCCUGCACGUCAUCUGCCCCGCGGGGGCCUUUCUUUCGGCGCCAUACGGAGAGUCCCUCUUCUCUCUGCUCAACAUCUCUGGGUUCUAUGUCUACUCGUCGGCAUUCCUCGAUAACAAAGCGGGAAAGCGCUUCUCCGGGAACGCGAAAUUACUCCUGGCCGCCGUCCUUUUCUCAGCGGCCACAACUGUUCGCAGUAAUGGGAUCCUGAGCGGUGUUUUAUUCGCCUAUGAUGCCCUUUUGCAGCUUCGACGGGUCGUGUCCCAACGAUUGUCAGUGGGUGCUUGUGCUCAUCUUUGUACCAUAAUCGUGGGUGGCUGUGUCAUUGCCCUAGGACUUAUCAUCCCGCAGGCCGUGGCCUACAAGACAUAUUGCACGCACCAAGAUGCCUCAAGACCGUGGUGUCAAUGGCUGAUACCCAGUAUAUAUGGUUGGGUGCAAGGGCAUUACUGGAACGUGGGUUUCCUGCGGUAUUGGACUGCAUCGAACAUCCCGCUGUUCUUGCUGGCCAUGCCGAUGCUGGCAAUCCUCUGCCGGUCGUCCCUCUGGGCACUGGAUGUGGCAGUGCCUUUUAUCUUCCCGAGAGCCUUGAGUGGGGUUGACCAAUCGUCGUCAUCAGCCACAACGGCCUCCUUACUUCUCCGACUGGCCGUGCCUCAGGGAAUACUGGCACUCAUGGCUCUGACCAGCUACCAUGUACAGAUCAUCAACCGGAUAUCGUCUGGAUAUCCUUUGUGGUAUUGGUACCUCGUAUAUCUAGUCUCGGGCAACUGGGGGCAAUCCCGUCCUACCCUCCAAGACAGCCGUACUUUUACUGUGGCUGUGCGGGCCAUGGUCGCCUAUGCACUCAUCCAAGCGACUCUGUUUGGGUCUUUCCUCCCGCCGGCUUGA